UCUCGUCGGCCGUGACAUUCUUAGCCAUGACCUCAGAUUCAUGAACCUUCAUCUCACCACAACCUCGAUAUCGCAACAAUGGCGUCCACUUCAACCAUGUGCGCAUCUUGCCUGCGAAUAGCGAGGAGGACGAUGGCAAAAGGAUCCGCCCAUUCUACAACUGCCGCGAUCCAAUCCACGCGAGCGUACAGCAGAGUGUCCUCAGGCGCCACUUCGCAGUCGCCUUUCCUCGACUUUCUUGCGCCUUCAUCUCCACGCAGGGUGCUCAGAAAUAUUCCAGCACAGAUCUCCAUAUUCCCAAAACGACAACACAUACCACGACGGACUCUUGCCACAUCAUCCGACGCCUCCACCGCAAAGCCCGCGCAACCAAUCCAGAACCCUCGUACCGAUGACUCCGGUAACCCAAUGUUGAUCUCUAUAGCACCUCGUGCAUCGAAUCGCCUCCAGAAGAUCUCUACAGGCGACAACAACCCAAACCUCGCAUUGCGCGUGAGCAUCGAGAGCGGCGGAUGUCACGGUUUCCAGUAUCUUAUGGACCUGACGGACUUAUCGAAAGACCCAGCGGCCGAGGAAGACACUAUAUUUGAGGGGGAAAGGGGCGAGAAGAUCGUAAUUGACGAGUCUAGCCUAGAGUUGCUGAAUGGAAGCACGGUGGAUUAUACGAUGGAGUUGAUAGGUAGCCAGUUCAAGAUUACGGGCAUACCGGGGGCGACGAGCAGUUGUGGGUGCGGGACAAGUUUUGACAUCAAGUUGUAAGUUAUGCAGUGCGUGUGUACUUUCUGGCAAUAAACAUGUACCACUAUCGAAGUAACAGUGCGCGUGCAUGGGUAGCCUAUACGGAUUACUUCCUGCACCUUCUUGAUAUCUUGAAGGCACGGUGGAGACAAAAGACAAACACUUCACGAAGGCCAGGAGAGACUUGAUCAUGCCGCGUCUUAGCUAAAAGCUGGAGGCUAUGGAGGUAGGACGAUGCGUGGGGCGGGUGCGCAAGGGUG